AGCCACCAGAAAGAGAGAAAAAAGGAGCAGACUGUUAUACUAGAGAGAGAAGCAAAGGUUAUUCUUUAGAGAAAGAGAGAGGUCGCCGAGAAAUGGCGCUUUACAUCGACGAGGAGGAGGUGUGGAAAUGUCCUAGACACCCUUCGAAGAAACGCCGUACAGGAAUUUGCCACGUGUGCCUCCGUGAGCGACUCUCCUCCCUCUGUCCAGACUGCGCUAACAUACGUCCCUGUGCUUGUUACGCUGCCGCCACCACUUCUUCCUCUAGCUCCUGUUCUUCCUCCUCUCACUUCUCCUCAGCCGCCGCCGCUACUGAAUCAUUCGUCACUGGAAUCGGAACUGUCGGCCUUGUGUCCAAUCUGAUCGAGAGCGAGCCUUCCUUUCGCCGGUCGAGGUCACUUGCAAUUCCAUUUCUACGGUCAAAGCCGCCUGUUGACCAUGAUUGCUCUAUCCGCAAAGAUAGUCGUAAAACGGCGUCGCCGUUUUGGUCGCUUUUCAAAAGUAGCAGGAGUAGCGGUAACGUGAGCAACAGAGGCGAUGUCGAGCGAUACAACGCUGUUUUAUUGGAACAGGAAGAUGCGAACAAGAAGAAGAAGAAGAAUGAGGAGGAGAGGAGGAAGAUGAUGAGGAAAUCGAGGUCUGUGGCUGUAUCUGUGACGUCAGAUUCCCGUGGUGGUGACGUAAAAUCAUCCAAAGGGAUGGGCUGGUAUUUCCGGAGUCCGAUCAAGGCUUUCAAGCAAUCUGCCUCAAGGGGAAUAAUUGUACAGGAAAGGUCGCCUUUGCGCAGAGGUUGAUUUAUUAUUAUUAUUAUAUAUAUAUAUAUAUAUAUUAACUGCUAAGCAGCUAAUAAUUUUAUAGUUCCGCUUCAAUUUUUCUAUUUUGAAAAAGCAUUUGAUUUUCUUGAUA